GCUUGGAAGACAUUGAACCACAGGUUUUGGAAUUGCAGAAAAAUGUACAAAGCCUAGAAAAAUCUUUUUCAGAAAAGCCUGUGAUACCAAUUUCUCCAAUAAAAUCUGUUAAACACACCAAUUCCAGAAUCAGUUCAACCACAGCAGAUUUGCCAAAAGUGAAAUUAUAUGAUUGCAGCACAAAAUAUGAAGCAACAUAUAGGCCAUCUUCAAAUCCGGUAGAGAAAGUUGAUUCACACUUUUCAAAUGCUCAUGAUGUUGCACAAAAGGAGAGUGAAAACUUUGAUAAGGAAAUCUCACAAAAGGCUCAGAAAAGAAGAGAUGCUAUGGCCAAAUCAAAAAUAAGAAGUCGUGAAGCUCUCAAUCAAGCAAGAAAUACGAAAAAUUUAGAAAAUAUUAACAAAUGUUUUGAAUCAUUGGCAUUACUUGAAAGGGAAACUGAUACUUGCCAGAAUCCAAGUUUAUAUAAUCCUUUAUCAUAUAAAGACAUGAAUAAUCAAAGGCAAGAAAGGAUUGAUGAGGCUUUUAGUAAUAUGUUAGACAAAAGAGCAAAAGCUUCAAAAAAUGUGAUUACUUUAGAUAGAAUUCGAUCAAAUAAAUCCGUCGGAAGAAAAAACCCUGGAAAUAAUUUUACUAAGUCUUCCUCUUAUUCGAAAGCUGAUAUAGAGAAAAAACAAUCUAGUCUCAAUGUUGCAAAUUUAGAUAGAGAUAGUAUUUGCAACAAAAAGAUUAUUGAUAUUUGUUGUGGAGAUGAUAAAAGCUCUACUACAAGUAGUAGUAUCAUAUUAGGAAAUCUAGAUCACAAAAAUAUAGAAAACCAAGACUUAAAGGAAUUAUUAGAGCGAGUAAAACGUCAGAAACAAAUGCUUUUAGAAGAGGUCCCAAAAGAAAAUUUACCACAGGACAGUAAACUUAAUGAUGUUCUAAUCGCAAUGGAAAAAAGUUUAUCAGAUCCCUUGGAAGAAUCGCAUAAAAAAACCGAAAUUUCAAGUAAAAUUGAUGAUGCUCAGAAAAUCAAAAAACAAAAGAAAAAGCUUGCAAAAAAAGAGGAAGAAUUAAAACUUAAAGAAUUACAAUUAGAUCUGUUGAUGCAAAAGUAUAAACUAAAUGAGUUAGAACAAAAAACAGAAUCUGGCAAACAUGAACACAAAGUUCCACUACCAGAAAAUAUUCCAAUAGAAAGUUCUUCUGUGAUCCCAAUUGCAGAUACAAAACAUGAAAUUCAAGGCGAGGUGAUCGACAAACAGUCUUCAGAUGGAUUGGAAAUUGUAAUCCACGUGAAAGAUAAAUCCAAUAAGAAAAUCGCGCCGGUUACAAAAAAAUUUUCAGUUCAAACAAGAGGGCCAAGUGUUAUUCAGAAACACAAAAAAUCCAAAACAAGAGUAAAUAAAAGUAAGAUAUAUUCACCUAUGAAGAAUUCCUCCUAUUCCUGCUCUAGUAGUUCUACUAGUUAUUUGAGCCCUCCUGCUGAAUUAACUAAUGUUUCAAAUUUUCAAAAUAUUUCUCAAGCUUUUGUGAAUGACUAUACUAGCGAACAAUUUCAGAGACAAACUAACAAAGAAAAUUUCAUUUCUGCUAAAUCACCAACAAAAUCAAUUACUUCAUCUAGAUUUGAUAGAACAGCUAGAAAAAAAAAAAACCUAAGAUAA